UGCUCAAGUGAGUUCGUUUAUUAUUAUUAUUCCCCCACCCCACCAUUUUCUUCUUCUACAGCUGUCUGGAGUAAACCGUGGCUACUAUAAGCAAAAUUUCCCAGGCUCACACAAUUAAUAAAUGCGUUAACCCUGAGUUAUAAAUGAAACUACCUUUGUAACACAACUUUACCCAACUACAACGAUUUAUACAACCAGCCAGCCAGUCAAGUGACGAAUGAGAAAGAAAGAGAGAGAGAAAGAAAGAGGGAGAGAAAGAAAGAAAUAACCCGAACGGACGGAAUCAUUUUACAAACUGAGGGGUGAAAAGAGAAGGCAGCAGCAGUCGAAUCGGACGGGUUGGCAAGGCAGACGAACGGGCAGACGGGCUGGCGGUUGUAUUAGGUCGCUAUCGGACACAUUCUGGUAGAACUGUUCUUGUGGCACCGUCACUGCCGCUUGCUGCAGCUGCUGCUGCUGCUGCUAUUGCUGCUCGUUCGACUACUGCUCUUAUCGAUUACGGACCAUUCCAGUUGUUUGGUUCCGCCGUUCUUGGCAUCGUUUACUCCAUCCAGCACCAGUCACAUCAUAGAAAUUCGCUCACGCAUACACACGAACACAAUGCAUAUGACUAUAUGAAGCAACAGCCGGUUUCUUUUCUUUCAUUCCGAACAUCUACAAUUAUUAUUAACACGUUGGUAAAUUCCAAUAUUCAUAUACACACGUUUAAAAGAAGAAUAUUGUAGCUAUAUAUUUUAUCGUUUUAUUUUCUUUUUACGGGGAAGAAUUAAUUUUCAACAAAGCCGUCAACACAUCAAAGGAAAAGAAACAAAACUAUUACUAUGAAUGUUCAUCUUUAUAUACAUUAUAAAAUAUAAUAUAAUAUAAUAUGAUAUAAUAUAUUAUACAUUUCGGUUUGAAUCGUAUCUACUUCACCUUACACACGCACACAUACACAAACAGAAGGCGAUGACAUUCUAUGUAUUGACUUAAAAUAAAUAACAUGGAAAAAGUCAAUGAAAACGAUGGACGGAUGAAAUAAGGAGAGAAAUAGAAAAGGGGGAGAAAUUGAGAGAGAACUAGAGGGGGGAAAACAGAGAAAGAGAGAGAGAAACAGAGGCAAAAAGGAUGGAAGAAGUUGAGUAGGAAAUUACAAAGAUCUUCACAACAGCAGAAUCAACAAACGAACAAAGAAUUUUUUGGAUGGCAUGGUUUUCAAAACCUGUACAAAGUACAAUGGGAUAUGAUAUCACCAAAUAGAUUGGCAGAUUGGAGCCUGGUGCAGCCACUGGUUCUCCAGACCUCAGUAAAACCGUCCAACCCAUGCCAGCAUAGAAAACGGACAUGAUGAUGAUGGUGGUGGCAGAAUCUCUACAGCAUCUUACAAAAUAGCUUACAUAUUUGUUCCAGCUGUACUUUUGGAAUUCAAAUCCUGCUGAGUGUGGAAAUCUGCUCAAAGAUUAGACCAGUGGCAUUCAGACAGAAAUAUCUCCACUGAUGAGAGGAUUCAACACUAUUUGGACAUUGCCUGCUAUCUUUUAAACAAACAACAAUGUGAUUGGUCUGCUCUGAGAUACUUUGAUGUUAUUGUAUGAAACAAGCCAAAGAAAUCAACUUUCCAAAUAAAAUUAUUUAAUCUUUCACUUGAUAUUUGAAGUAUGCACAUUCUCUUGGUAACAAACCACUCCGAAAACAGCCCAGAGUAUAUUUGUUUACUGCCGUAAUGUCAACAUCUCGACUUCAUAAACAAUGAAAACAUCUUUCUUUGAUAUCUGCUGAAAUACAAUGAAGUAAUAUCAUAAGUAUACAUAUUUUUUUUAAUGUUUGGAGAAGCUAUGAGAUAUCAGGUUUAAAGUUGACAGUCUGGAAAAAACUUCAAAGAUGACCUAAAAUAAAUCACUUUCACCCUGGCUAUAUAAACUUUAAGCAAAUAUUACAGCAGCCUGGAGUAACAAUUAAACACCAAAAACUAAUUGGAUUUAUCAUGGACUAAGAAGAGUUUAGUAUUUCAAUGCUGUGAUCAUAGAGUAAAUUUAAAAUAACAUGCUGACUUAUAAAUUUCGAAUAUCCAAAACAGUGCUUUUCUUUUUGGUAAUAUUUUCUAUAUUUUUCUUCUUUGUUAAUAAUGUCCUUUUAUCCGAACCAAACAUGCAAGCUCUCGACUAUAUCACAGAUAGAAGGCAAAUAAACGCCAAGCAAGCUGCAAAUGCAAAAUCUCACAGAGAACUCAGUAGUUAUGACUCGCAGGCAAGAGUCCAGUGGUUAGAACGGAAGCCGAAAGCUCAUAUUAUUACUGCUGAUGAAAAAAAAUUGGUUAAAAUCCAUGGAUUGAAAACUGCAGACAAAAAUCUUAGAUUUAAGAAGACUCUUAAUAAAACAUAUAAAGACAACUUUAAUAAAAAUGACAGUGAAGAAUCGGAAAUGAGUGAAUAUAGUGUGAACAUGGAAUCAACUCUUGAGGAUGAUGUUGAUUACAAUAAUGAUGUAUAUACAGAGGAUAAUUACUACAACAACGUAGCAGAAAAUACCAUUGUCAAAGAAAAAGAAAUUGACAAAAUAGGAACUAUUGGUUUGAACAAACCAUUAUUAAAAUUUAAGUCAUUUGAGACUUUGCCAAAAGAUUCCUCCAGUAAACAACUCAAAGUUUCAGAUGUUGACAAAGAAAAUGGAAAAGAAUUGGUUAAAAGUUUCCAGAAAAUCUCAUCACCCUCCCAGCUGGACUUACCAAUUAGUAAUGGAAUAUUUUGGUCUUCAGCAAUUGAAAAUCUUGUGCCAAAAGGUAAGGAAAAAUAGUUAUGGUUUUUAUUUAUUUCU